ACAAUGGCAGAAUAAAAAAAUUAUGUCCAAAGUUAUAAUUUCAUGAAAGUAUAGUUCCUUGGAGUAUUCAAAGCAAGCCAUGCAAAUCCCAAUGUCAAUGAACCAAGAAAAUCAAGACCAGAUUCAUCUCCUCUUAAUUCACUUCCUUUUUAUUUACUACACCUCUUUCUUCUUUUUCUUCUCUAUAUAAACUAUUCAAAUCCUUUUCUCCUUCAUCGCAAUUCUUACAUUUGCUCUCUCCCUUCCAUCACCCACAAAAGGGUUUUUUUUUUUUGGCACCCGAAGUGAUCAACUUUAAAACCAUAAAACCACAAAGGUUCUUUAUCGUUGAUCACUAAUAUAAACCUUAUGGCAGAAUUCAAGAGAAAGUUCAACAAAGGUCAUGCUUUUACAAGCAAAUGUGUUUCCUUGGUGAAGGAACAACGAGCUCGUCUCUAUAUUCUCCGCCGUUGCGCUACCAUGCUUUGCUGCUGGUACAUCCACGGCGAUGAAUAGAGAGAACCCCCUUGAGUUCAUCCUUCAAAUUACAUAUAGCUAUAUAUAUAUAUAUGCCUCUCCUCCCCACCUCUUCUUCUUGAAUCCAUGUUGGUGUUGGUGGUUGCAUGGCGUGAUCCCUCUCCAUAAAUAUUUUGAUUCUCUCUUCUAUUGGUGCAACCCUGCCUAAUCUCCUCUUUUUUAACCUAAAGAAUGAAUCUUUGGUUUUUUUUUUCAUGAGUUAUUUUGCGUGAGCCAAAAUAGAGAGAGACUUUACCCGCCGAUUGAGCUGACGGAGUUUUUACUGUUUCUGGAACAUAAGGAGGGAGAGAAGCCAUGGAUGAUGUUAUUAUGUGAGAAAAGGAGUUCAUACUAUCAAAUCUUCUGGAAGUUUUGGGGUUUAGUUUCGUCUUGAGCUGACCAAAGUCUCUUUUGGUUUCAUCUAUAUGACCAAAGUCUCUUUUGGUUUCAUCUAUAUGACCAAAGAUCUUCUUGUUUAAUUUUAGCAUCUGGUUGUAACAAAUGCGAGAAUAAUAUAAAAGAAUAAAACUUUUGAUUUUGGCUAUUUAGAUUCUUUUACUGGCUCAAACUCAAAAACUAAACAAACCAGUAGAACUCAAUCACUCAUCAUAUAUUAUCUUACAAACCAAAAUCUUAACCGAGUUUCGGUUCAGUAAAGAUUUAUUCCAAGAACCAAAUUCCGGUUCAAAAACAGAGUAUUCUUCAAGACUUCAAAGAGGGGGGGACAAUUGAAUAUGGUCAAUGGCGUGAAGCCAAGUCAUUGGUUAGGUUUUAUUUAGUUAACAAUUUCAAAUUAGGAAAUUUCUUGCUUUUACAUUUUUGGUUAUUCCAGUUUAGGGAAGUUUCUUAUUUAAGAGAAAUACUAAAAUGCCAAUUGUUCCUGAAACCAAAUCAAUCCAUUAAUAAUUAAACAGAGUAUAUAUAUAGAAUAUCUACCGGACAAAAAAAGAAGAAGUGGGAUUUGAAGAUGAUCGACCAUGAUUAUUGGUUAUCAUUAGUUUUCGGUUUUGUAUAUUGCAUGCUUUUUUAUGGACUCUGUCGACUGUUGUCUUGGGCUUCCAACCGUGUUGAUGAUGAAGCCAACAAUGAUCACCACGAUCAUAGUGUUACCGGCGAUGACCAUGUCAUUAUUACAGUCAAGGAACUGGCCGGUAUCAAACCCUCCGUUCUCCAAUCCAUCCCCGUCGUAGAUUUCAACUCCGAGGACUCCAAAGACAGCUUCGAAUGCGUCGUUUGCCUCUCCAAGCUUGAAGACGGAGAC